AUGGCUUAUGAGCUUAGCAAAUACAAGCCAGAGCCAUCCUCACUUGAGGUUGGCUCUGACACGACAGAGCAGAAUAUGACUAUUGCGGAUCGCGACAAUGAGACACUUUCUAGACUAGGAAAGAAACCAGUACUCAAGAGGAACUUCGGUUUCAUGAGUAUGUUGGGAUUCUCCUGUACGGUGAUGAUUACAUGGGAAGGUAUGCUUCUACUUUUGGCAAUUGGUUUUACCAACGGCGGGUACGCUGGUUCUGUAUAUGGCUUUCUAGUCGUAUGGGUCGGCACGCUCGCAGUCUUUACUACGAUGGGGGAGCUUGCGUCAAUGGCACCAACUUCUGGAGGCCAAUAUCACUGGGUGUCAAUGCUGGCACCACGGUCGGCGCAAAAAUUCAUGAGUUACCUAAUUGGCUGGAUCACUGUCAUUGGUUGGCAAGCGGCUGUAGCAUCAGGAGGUUUCCUUUGUGCUUCUCUGAUCCAAGGCCUCAUUGCGCUGAAUUUCGCAGAGUACUCUCCCCAGCCAUGGCAAGCAGUUCUGCUUUUCUACGCCACUCUCUUCUUCGGAGUGUUUAUCAACACAGUUGUCAGCAGAGCACUACCAAAGAUCGAAGGAAUCAUCUUGAUCUUUCACGUACUGGGAUUCUUCGCAAUCUUAAUCCCGAUGGUUUACAUGGCGCCUCAUGGCAGUGCCAAGGACGUCUUUACCGUCUUCAUGAACGGUGGCGGUUUCAAGACUCAGGGAUUGUCGUUCAUGGUCGGUCUUGUGGGACCGAUAUUCUGCUUGCUCGGAGCAGAUUCGGCAGUGCACAUGUCGGAAGAAAUUCAAAACGCCUCAAUUAUCGUACCACGAGCAAUGAUUUUUAGCAUCGGACUGAACGGGCUGAUGGGAAUCGGCAUGCUUGUUGCAGCACUUUUCUGUCUGGGCGAUGUGGAAACAGUACUCGCAUCACCUUUUCCUUUCAUGGCAAUCUUUCAGCAAGCCGUCGGAUCUGCUGCGGGUGCCACGGCAAUGUCUGCUGUUGUGACGGUCUUGAUGAUUUGCGCUCUUAUCUCGUUUGUCGCGACUGGUUCGAGAAUGACCUGGUCGUUUGCGAGAGAUCGUGGUCUUCCGGGUUGGUACUACCUGAGCAAGGUUGAUCAACGAACUUCUAUUCCAUUAAUCUCGAUCGCUCUUACUACACUGAUCGCAUGUCUCCUUGCACUAGUAAUUUUGGGAUCCUCAGUCGCCUUCAACGAUGUCGUCUCGUUGACCAUCAACGGUCUAUACACCUCCUAUCUCAUCGGUAACAGCCUACUUCUCUACCGAAGAAUGACUGGCGGAAUCAAGCCAUACAGCAGCAUCUCCGAAGGUCUCACCAACGUCGCGAACUCGAAUUCGCUUACUUGGGGACCAUUCAAGAUACGAGAGCCAUUUGGAACAAUCGUCAACGCCUUUGGCUGUGUAUUCAUGGUCGUCAUUCUAUUCUUCAGCUUUUGGCCUAUCAUGAUGGAUCCGUCGUUAAAGAUUAUGAAUUUUAGUAGCGUAAUGAUGGUUGGUACUAUUGUUUUUGCUUGUAUUUAUUAUGCAAUUUGGGGAAGGAAGACAUAUACUGGUCCGGUGAUUGAAAUCAGUUAG